AUGACACCUGUUACUCACGAUUUAGUUCAUGCGACACAAAACGCUUUUGGGACCGGGAGCCUGGCGGCUCAGAUCCCAUUUGGUCUUUAUGUUUUCAAAAGACUGUUGUCUGUUGGUGUGAAAUCGAUUUUUGGGGUGCCUGGGGACUAUAACUUGAGGCUCCUGGAACAUAUGUAUGACGAUUCGCUGAGGGAUAGUAAUGGCGGUACGCUGGAAUGGGUCGGAUGCUGCAAUGAGUUGAAUGCGGCUUAUGCGGCAGAUGGCUACUCAAGAUAUACUAACGGGAUCGGUAGUGUUAUCACUACGUUUGGCGUAGGAGAGCUUGGAGCCAUCAGCGGGUUGGCCGGUGCUUGUUCAGAGGACGUGAAAGUUUUACAUAUUGUUGGUAUUGUCGAUUACGAAAUUUCAAACCAGAAUCCCGAGAUGAGAUUGCGUAACGUUCACCACCUUGUGCCCCGGCUCAAUGAUUCUAACUUUGUCGGUCCCGAUUACCGUAUUUAUUCUGAGAUGGUGAGAGAUAAAAUUGCCUGUUCAGCGGAAUACUUGGAUGAUUUAAGUACUGCCUGUGAUAAAGUCGAUAAAGUCAUCGAGGAUAUCUAUAAGUACUCGAAACCCGGUUAUAUUUUUGUGCCAUGUACCUUUGUGGAUCAAUUAGUCAGUUCAAGAAAUCUAGUGGAAAGGCCUACUAUUACUUUACAAGACUCUGUGACGAAGACUUCUCCUGAUGAGGCGCGAAAAUUGACAAAUAAGAUCUUGGAUUUGUUGUAUCGAAGCUCAACACCAGCAAUAGUCGGUGACGUUUUCUGUGAUCGGUAUGGUUUGACCAAGGAAUUGAACGAUUUCAUAAAUCGUACUGGGAUUGUUAGUUUUUCCUCUGUUAUGGGCAAAUCUGUCGUUGACGAAAGCAGUCCCCUUUAUAUGGGACUUUACAGUGGAAAAGGUCAUGUCGGUUCAGUGAUUGAAAAGUUUUUAUCCUGUGAUUUGGUUUUACACUUUGGUAUAGAGAAAAACGAAAUUAACUAUGGAAAUUACUCCUACACCUACAAGCCAGAUGCAAAAGUCGUUGAAUUACAUCCCGCUUAUGUUAGAUUUUAUGACCAUCUAAGCAAAGAGGAAGAGAUCUACAGGAAUGUGAAUUUCGUUGAUAUUUUGAGACUAUUAGGUGAAAAGAUUGAAGUCCCAAGAUUGUCCCUCCACUAUGACUCAAAAUUCACGCCAUAUAAUCCUGAUGAUUUGAAACUUGAUGAAAUAGAUUUCGGUAAUGACGAAACAAGUGACAUCACUCAAGUCUAUCUGCAGAAACAUUUGCCCGGAUCUUUAAAUCCCGGUGACGUUUUGAUCUCGGACACGGGUUCCUUCCAAUUCUCUAUUCGCGAUUUUAAGCUGCCAAGCCAGGUCAAAUAUAUUGCCCAGAGCAUAUAUCUAUCCAUUGGAAUGGCUUUACCUGCGGCUCUUGGUGUUGCCAAAGGUAUGAAGGAUUAUCCAAAUCUUCACAUCUUGGACUAUGGAAAGAUUGAACCUGGUUACCAACCGAGAUUAAUUCUCCUUGAAGGUGAUGGCGCCGCACAAAUGACAGCUCAAGAGUUAUCCACAAUUGUGCGCCAUCAACUCCCUAUGGAAAUUUUCCUAUGGAAUAACAAUGGCUAUACUAUUGAAAGAGUCAUAGAAGGUCCAACAAGAGCGUACAAUGAUAUUGCUCCCUGGAAAUGGACCAAAUUAUUGGAGGUCUUUGGUGAUUUUGAUGGUAAGCUCUCAAGGAGCUCGACCCUUGAAACCCGCUCGCAAUUGUUGAAGAAGCUUUCCGAGCUAAAAUCAAGAUACUCAAAGAACAGGAAGGGUAUAGAUUUUAUGGAAGUCAGAUUGGCGACGAUGGAUGUUCCAAGUCAACUAAGUGGGCUGGUAAAGGAUCUGAUGAAAAGAUAG